GUUCACUUAAAAUAAAACAAAACUUAAAACUCCAAAAUGGAACGAGUAGGCCCAUGGACGAUGGAGGAAGACAUCAGGCUCAUCACCAGCCUCCUAAGGACUAAUUAUAAGGACUGGAAGGCAGUCCAGGUUGCAGUUGGAUGAAGAAACCUUACCAAGUGCCAAAUGAGAUUUAAAAGAUAUUACUCGCAUUUAAUUGAUGCUAAAUGGACAGAAAAGGAAGAUAAUCAGAUACUCAAGUUUGUUGCAGCACAUGGUGUUAAUAACUGGGAGAACUGAAAGAUACGUAAACGAGCAGACCGGGAUAUUAUGUUUCGCUGGUAUAGCUAUCUUGACCCAUACAUGUCAGUGAUCAUAAAAUCUCAUAAAGACCAAGAGAAGCUUGAGGAAAUGGAGAAAGAAGCCGCUAAAGAGAACCAAAGGGUAGAUCAUAGUACGAAAAGAACAAGGCGUAAAAAGAGGAGGAGGAAAGAGGAACAAAAGAACAGCGAAGAAAUUCUACAUAAUAGCAAUAUUAAAAUAGAAUCUGGCCCUGUAUUUGUUGUUGACCGGAAAACUAAAUGGACUUUUGAUCAAGAGAAACUCCUCUUUCAAUGUUAUCAGAAAUAUGGACCCUGAUGGAGCAGAUUUAAGUUUGCUUUUUGGAAUAAGUCCUCUCAAGAGCUUAAAGCCCAUUUUUAUGAGAUCCUAGAACUGACAAAGAGCAAAUCGUCUAUUAAUGAUACUUAUAUUCUAAACUAUGUCAAAGAAGCUGCUCUUAGUUUUAAUGCAAGUGUCAAAGACCUUCCUCAAGAUAUUUGUGAUAAAAUUGAGAACUCUCAAAGCAGAAAAAGUUCCUGAGACUCAGAAAACUCAAGCUCAACUAUGAGUUCUCCAAUAAAGCUUAAAAUUAAGAGAGUUGGCCAAAACCAAUCAGAGUCUAGCAACAAUAGCAAUAACUCCAACUCAGCUCAGAAUUAGUGCGAGAUGGGCUUAUAAUUGUGAAUAAAAUAUGUAGAAUCCCCU